AUGGACGAAAAUGAUUUUUCAGAAGAUACAACUUAUAAGCAACAGGAGGAUUUACCUUAUGAUGGUGAUCUCUCCCAAAUGCACAUAUGCAAUGAAUACAAAUUUACUUCAAAUAAUGUUACCCUUGAUGUUAUUCCCAUAGGAGCUGACCCUCAAAUAAACCCUUCACAUGCUGAGACAUACAGAAAUACAGCCAUGGCCAUGACGUGGGAUAAAAUUACUGAAAAAGCUGCCAACAAAAAGUGCGAUAAAGAGAAUAAAUGCACCAUGUCUCUUCAUGUUCCAGUUAAUAAAGGAGCGACUUCAAAGUCAAACAUUUCUGAUACUUUACUCCAUAAUCUUUCCAAAGAGCAAUUAUUAAGAGGUCAAGGUAUUAACUUUGAAACUUUCCCAGAGACAUCUAAUGCUAACUGUUUUGAUGAAGCAGCUAUUAUUAAAAAUAUUAUUUCAUGUUAUGUUAAGAAUUCUUGCCCCAAAUCACAAACCAUAGAAUUCACGGACCAACUCAACCCCAAAAGAGAUGUUGAAAAAAGUAUUAAGCCCAGUUGUUCUUCCAUCAUGACAAAAGAAAAUACUUGUGAUUUAGAAAAGCCAGUUGUGACUACAAAUAGCAACCAUCAAGAAAAUUUAAAUUUUCUAACUAAAAUCAAGGAUGCAAAUGAUAAACAAAAAAAUUGCCAAGGGCAGACACCCCAGAAGCAGUUGACAGAAAAAGCAAGUUCAAGCAAUGGAUUCCAAUAUGGACAAGGUCAAGUUCAUUACCAGCUGCCAGAUUUCUCUAAAGUUGCUUCCAAAGUGAAAAUCCCUAAAAAUCACAUAAUUAAUAAGUCACUUACAAUAGCUAAACAAGUCAGUUUUUCUCCUAAAUUGAGAAAUAAAACAUCAAUUGUGCAAGAUAUUUUAGAAACCGUGUUUAGGUCAAAUUAUGUUGAAAAACAACAUCCAGAGCAGAAAGGAGAGAAUACAAAACCUUCACAACAAACACAGGUGGAGCCUACAGUAAACAACCACCAAGACUUUCUUACAGGAAUAAAAACUGAGACAAAUUGCUUGAAGUUGUCAUCAACCGCUCAGAAAGAGCCUUCCUCAAGUACUUACAUAUUUCAAAGACUAUCCCAAGGGAAGCAGAUGUGUCAGAAGUUAAAAGAACAGACUGAUCAACUGAAGACUAAGGUACAAGAAUUUUCCAAAAAAAUAAAGCAAGACUCUUUCUGCCAUCCAAAAGACAGAAGAAUGGUCCUAGAGAAACUUCAGGGACAACUUGAAGUGCUGGAACAGGAGUUUCUGGCCAAGAAGCAUCUGGCCUUGCAGGAGCAAAUCCACAAGCAUGAAUGCCUAACUAUUGAUGACUUUGAUCCAGGCAGAGAAGUGGAAGGUGAAGUUUUCAAGUUGGAGGUGCUACUUGAAGAUGUUAAAGAGAAAAUUGACAAAAGCAAAUGCACUUCAGCACGCUCUCUUCCUACUAGCUCUCCAGUCAUCCUGGAUGACUUGGCAUCCACAGCCACUUCAUCCUCAAAUGAGAUAACCAAGGAGCACCCUGCGCCUUCUGGGCCCCAGGGCUGGCAAGGAAGUAAGGUGAGGGAUGCCCCAGCAGGGUUGCUGCAGGGAACUGGCGAUGCUGAUGCAAGUCCUCCCCUGCCACCCUUGGCAAGCAGAGCCUGCGAGCAGCCCUUUGCUUACAGUGAGUUGCAAAGCCCAGAGCCCCACAGCUCUGCAUGCUUCCUGGAGGACCCCAGCAGCACCAGGGGAAGGCAGAAAUGUGCAGAGAUGAUGACACCCAGUUCAAGCUGUACCUUCUGCAGCCGGCUCCUUGAAUGGAAGCAAAAAAUGGAGAAAAAAGACCACAGACAGAUCGACUGUGGAAGGUUUUCAAUCGUCAUUCAUGAAAGGACACUGCACCAACAUUCAAUUCACAGUUCUGAUACAGAACCCAGGUUCUGUUCUGAUUCUGACAGUGGGGUGCAGAGGAACAAAUGUGAGGACUGUGGCAAUAAGGUUCAUAACUCCCAAAGAGUCUGCAAUAAAGAACUACUGAAAGAAUUUCAUUAUAGAUACAAUACUCCAGGACAGAAUUACUUAAAUCAUAGCAGAAGAGUUACCUCUGUCCAGUCUUCAGAUGAAAAUAAAAAUUCUUCACCUUUUUGUCCAAAACCAAAACGGAUCUGUUCCCAGAGAGUGAAUUCAAAAUCCUUUCAAGGUGAACAUGAGCCCACACCUGGAAAAAAAAAUCUUAAGACUUUCAUUACCUACAGUUUAGUUGCAACACCUUUAUUCCUUUUUCACUCCGGCAGGAUUCCUGAAAGCAAAUCCUUAUGUGAUUUUAAUAGCCCUGAAGAAACAGAAUCUAAGAUUUUAAACUCGGCUUUGGAUCAUGCCCUAAAGACAGCAACCAUUUUGAAAAAAACUACUGAUCAAAUGAUUAAAGCUAUUGCAGAAGAUCUUGCCAAAGUACAGAGAUGGAGGACUCAACUGAAAUACUACUAGUUCAACACAAAGCAACCAAGAAUUAAAAAUGGGGAAAAAAAAAGAAAGAAGGAAAAUGAUC